AUGAAAGCUCAUAAACUCCUCUCUCUAGGAUGCAUCUUCUUGCCCUUGCUUUUUUUUCAUCAGACCUGGGCUCAAUUCCCAAGAGAGUGUGCCACUGUUGAGGCCUUAAGAAAUGGUGUGUGUUGUCCAGACCUGUCCCCCCUGUCUAGGCCCGGGACUGACCGCUGUGGUUCCUCAUCGGGGCGGGGCAGGUGUGAGGCAGUGACUGCAGACUUCCGACCCCACAGCCCCCAUUACCCCCACGACGGCAGAGAUGAUCGGGAGGCUUGGCCCACACGGUUCUUCAACAGGACAUGCCUCUGCAAUGGCAAUUUCUCAGGACACAACUGUGGGACUUGCCGUCCUGGAUGGAGAGGAGCUGCCUGUGACCAGAGGGUUCUCACAGUCAGGAGAAACCUUCUGGACUUGAGUGCAGAAGAGAAGAACCACUUCGUCCAGGCCUUAGAUAUGGCAAAGCGCACCAUUCACCCUCAGUUUGUCAUUGCGACCAGGAGAUCAGAAGAAAUACUGGGGCCCGAUGGCAACACGCCACAAUUUGAGAACAUUUCCAUUUAUAACUACUUUGUUUGGACACACUAUUACUCAGUCAAAAACACUUUCCUUGGGCCAGGCCAGGAAAGCUUUGGUGAAGUGGAUUUCUCUCAUGAAGGACCAGCUUUUCUCACGUGGCACAGGUACCACCUCCUGCAGUUGGAGAGAGACAUGCAGGAAAUGUUGCAGGAUCCUUCGUUCUCCCUUCCCUACUGGAAUUUUGCGACUGGGAGGAACAUCUGUGACAUUUGCACCGAUGACCUGAUGGGAUCCAGAAGCAACUUUGAUCCCACUCUUAUCAGCCUGAAUUCUGUCUUUUCUCAAUGGCGAGUGGUCUGUGAAUCCUUGGAGGAUUAUGAUACCCUGGGAACCCUUUGUAAUAGUACCGAGGGUGGGCCAAUUAGGAGAAAUCCAGCUGGAAAUGUGGCUAGACCAAUGGUGCAACGUCUUCCAGAACCACAGGAUGUCGCUCAGUGCUUGGAAGUUGGUUCAUUCGACACCCCUCCUUUUUAUUCCAAUUCUACAAACAGUUUCCGAAACACUGUGGAAGGUUACAGCGAUCCCACAGGAAAGUAUGACCCUGCUAUUCGAAGCCUUCACAAUCUGGCUCAUCUAUUUCUGAAUGGAACAGGGGGACAAACCCAUUUAUCUCCAAAUGACCCUAUUUUUGUCCUCCUACAUACUUUCACUGAUGCGGUCUUUGAUGAAUGGCUGAGAAGAUAUCAUGCUGGUAAGAUGUUUUCAUAUGAUUUUUUGCAGGCUCAGCAAGAAGACUGCUUAGAUGUAUCCAUGUUUCCACUGGAAAAUGCCCCAAUUGGGCACAACAGACAAUACAACAUGGUGCCAUUCUGGCCCCCAGUUACCAACAUAGAAAUGUUUGUUACUGCUCCAGAUAAUUUGGGUUAUACUUAUGAAGUUCAAUGGCCAAGUCGGAAUUUUAGUAUUUCUGAGAUUGUUACCAUAGCAGUAGUUGCUGCUUUAUUACUGGUUGCAGUCAUUUUCGGGGGUGCUUCUUGCCUGAUUAGGGCCAGAAACAACAUGGAUGAAGCAAAUCAGCCUCUUCUCACGGAUCAAUAUCAACACUAUGUUGAAGACUAUGAAAAAAUGGAGAAUCCUAAUCAGUCUAUGGUCUAAUGACAAAUGACCAAUUCUCUUAUGAAUUGUAUCACAAAAACACCUGGUUGAAAAAUAAUAGGUUAAAUUUCUUCCUUCAUUUACUUUCCCUCUGUUACUUUCUUCCUUAUGCGUGCACAUUAGAAUUAGAGCUCUAAGGAUUGUUUUUCAAAACUAGGAAGAGUCAAAACCUUUUUUAAUGGGUUCUGUGUUUCAACUCUAUUUAAAAUGGUAGGUUGUAUGUUAACUAACCAAAAUUUAAAUAAAAACUUGAAACAUUAAAAAUAAAAAAAUAAAAUGGUAGGUUGUGGGCACAUACCCUAACCCAUAACCCUAAACCUAACCCUAAUCCUAACUCUAACCCUAACAGUAACCUUAACCCUAACCCUAACCCUCUGGAGAGGUCCCUGAAUGGCAAAAUAUCAAGCACAUACCCUAACCCUAACCCUGAAUCUGAGAAAGUGGCUUCUUGAACACAUGAUAAGAAAAGCUGAGAAGCAGCCUAGUUAUCCUAGAGAAGACCCCAACAUUUAAUAACUGGUAGUAUUUCUGAAAAUGGGUGUGAAGGUAGAGAUUAAAAAAAAAAUAAUGAUAGGUUGCACCAACUCCAUGGUAUUUAAGCAGAGAGUGUGAAGAUUUUGGGCACGUUUUAAAAGUCAACUAUAUGACAAUGUAAAUAAGCUAUUGUGCUUUGUGUAUAAAGAAAAAUCAUGAUAGUAAAUCUCCAAUUAAAAUACAGGAGUAGGAAUUUCUACAAUGUUAAAAUGUAAAUACCUUUCCGUUCAUUGACAAUGAACAACAGAUAUAUAGGAAGCCACAUUUAUUAAUUAAAAUCAAUUAUGUGGAGCUACAAAUGGGAUCCCAAUUAACUUUUUCAAACUAGAAUUCCCCCUGGGCAUCGGCAUACAUUUUAGUGUAAGGUCAAAGUCACAACAAAAUCAUAAUCAUUGUCACAUUUUGAAGUGAUAAAAACUUCACUUUGUUUAAAAGUGAAAAAUUGAUACUGUGUCUGAUUGCUACUAUGUUCUACCUCUCAAUUCACUGAAAAAGGAACUACCCAUUUAUACAUUUCACCUUACAGUUCAUCUUCCGGUAUCUUAGAGGUCCACAAGCCAGCCACAAAGGUGGAGAACACACGAUAUGGUGUUCUACAGUUACCAUUCAGUUCAUUGUGUUAACUCCAAAUAGCAUUCUCUUAUCACUUACCAGCCUUUUGUAUGUUUUCAAAAUAAAAUAUUAAAAAUAUUAUUUCCUCAGCCCCCUUUUCUAUGCACUCAUGCAAGACUGUCAUUAAUUCUUUUCUUCUUUCUAUCUUCUAACAUAAAAUAUUUUUACUAUUUUUGAUCUUGGGCUACUGAAACAAUAUUCCCAAAGAAGAAUUUUAAAGGCUGGUCACUGUGAACAAACAUUUUCAAUAAAAUCAGCAAAAAGAAAUACUAACAAUAGUAAUCAUACACUACAGAAAAUGGGAAGUCUGAUAUUCCCAACUCAAGAAAAAGAAAUAAGAUUAACGUUAUAUACACACAGGGGUGCCUGGGUGGCUCAGUCAGUUAAGCGUCUGCCUUUAGCUCAGGUCAUGAUCCUAGAGUCCUGGGAUCGAGUCCUGCAUUGGCCUCUCUGCUCAGUGGGGAGCCUGCUUCUCCCUCUGUCUGCCGCUCCCCUUGCUUGUGCUCUCUCGUUUGCUGUCAAAUAAAUAAAUAAAAUAUUUUUUAAAAACUUAAAAAAAGGUGAUGUACAAACAAUUGGUUACUGGUUUUCCCUAUACUAAGCAAUCUUAAGGCUAUGUACACAAGAUAAAUAGACAAAAUGUGAUAGUGAAAGAGAAUGCAUGUACUAACAGUAUCUUUUAAAUUUUCAAAUAGCAUUACUGAAUUGGUUUUCUGAAUACAUUUGAUUUAUUAAAAUAUAUACUCAUAGCUUUUCAGAUAACUUACUGUAUAAUGUAAGGUUUCUUUUCAUAUAAACAUCAAUAAAACCAAGUCUACCAGAU